UUGGUGUUUCCUGGGCAGCAAACUCUGCCCUUUCAUCUCAGUCAUGGAUCCUUAAGGGACAGCAAGGAUUUUGUGAUCAUUCUCUAAAAUAUUUAAGCUCAAGGAUCACAGAACGGAAACUGCAAGGCUCCUGGCUACCUGCUGGCCGAGGGAAUCUGGAGAAACCGUUCCUAGGGCCACGUGGUCCUGUCGUGCCCUUGUUCAGCCCCCGCAAUGGCCUUCACUCGGCCCACACUGAGAACAGCCCACUGAAGCCCAGGGUUGUGACCGUGGUGAAGCUGGGCGGGCAGCCCCUCCGGAAGGUCACUCUCCUCCUCAACAGGCGGUCGGUGCAGACGUUCGAGCAGCUCCUAGCAGACAUCUCAGAAGCCUUGGGAUCCCCGAGAUGGAAGAAUGAUCGUGUGAGGAAACUAUUUAACCUCAAGGGCAGGGAAAUCAGGAGCGUCACUGAUUUCUUCAGGGAAGGGGAUGCUUUCAUAGCCAUGGGUAAAGAACCAUUGACGCUGAAGAGCAUUCAGGUGGCCAUAGAAGAACUGUACCCCAGUAAGGCCCGGGCCCUGACACUGGCCCAGCACAGCCGUGCCCCUUCUCCUAGGCUGAGGAGCAGGCUGUAUACCAAGGCUCUGAAAGGGGACCACCGCUGUGGGGAAACUGAGACCACCAAGAGCUGCAGUGAGGCUGCAGCUUGCAAGGCGGCCACUGGGCACCAGGGGAAGACCCCCGUGGAGCCGGCGCUGGAGGACAGAGCGAAGUCCCAGAAGAAGUGGGUGAGGGGGAAAAGGGAGCCUGAACCUGGAAGUAAGCCACCCAGGGAGGCCACUCUGGAGGAGAGGAAUGCAAGGGGAGAGAAACACCUGGGGGUGGAGAUUGAAAAGACCUCCGGUGAGAUUAUCAGAUGCGAGAAGUGCAAGAGAGAGAAGGAGCUCCAGCAGGGCCUGCAGAAGGAGAGACUCUCCCUGGGCACCAGCGAGCUGGACAUGGGGAAGUGCCCAAGGUAUGACGUGGAGAAGCUGGUGAGGACAAGAAGCUGCAGAAGGUCUCCUGAGGCUAACCCUGCAGGAGGAGAGGAAGGGUGGAAGGGUGACAGCCAUAGGAGCCCCAGAAAUCCCACUCAAGAGCUGAGGAGAUCCAGCAAAAUCACAGAGAAGAAAGAGGACAGAGACCCAGAGGAUCAGGAAAGCCAUCCUCAAGGAGCAGGCAAGACCAAGAAGGACCUUGUGGAAGUUCUACCAGCCACAGAGGAAGGAUCCAGGGAAGCAAAGAAAGAUCCCAGGCACAUCUGCAGGAGCAAGCAUGGUGGCUGGCUCCUGAGAGAGCACCAGGCUGGCUUCGAGAAGCUCCCCAGGACCCGAGGGGAAGACAAGGAGGCAGAGAAGGAGAAAAAGUCCUGCGUGUCAGGAGGGAGAAAGACGGCCCUCAGAGAUGACCAACUUGGAAGGGUAGAAAAGGACCCCAAGACGAAGCCGGAGGAGAACAAGUCAGAGCGGCCCAGUGGCCGGAAGCCACGGCCUGUGGGCAUCAUCGCGGCCAAUGUGGAAAAGCAUUAUGAGACUGGCCGGGUCAUUGGGGAUGGGAACUUUGCUGUCGUGAAGGAGUGCAGGCACCGUGAGACCAGGCAGGCCUACGCGAUGAAGAUCAUUGACAAGUCCAGACUCAAGGGUAAGGAGGACAUGGUGGACAGUGAGAUCUUGAUCAUCCAGAGCCUCUCUCACCCCAACAUCGUGAAGUUGCAUGAAGUCUAUGAGACAGAAACGGAAAUCUACCUCAUCCUGGAGUACGUGCAGGGAGGGGACCUUUUUGAUGCCAUCAUAGAAAGUGUGAAGUUCCCGGAGCCUGAUGCUGCUCUCAUGAUCAUGGACUUAUGUAAGGCCCUCGUCCACAUGCACGACAAGAGCAUUGUCCACCGAGACCUCAAACCAGAAAACCUUUUGGUUCAGCGAAAUGAGGACAAAUCUACUACCUUGAAAUUGGCUGAUUUUGGACUUGCAAAGCUUGUGGUGAGACCUAUAUUUACUGUGUGUGGGACUCCAACUUAUGUAGCUCCUGAGAUUCUCUCUGAGAAAGGUUAUGGACUGGAGGUGGACAUGUGGGCCGCCGGCGUGAUCCUCUAUAUCCUACUGUGUGGCUUCCCUCCCUUCCGCAGCCCGGACAGGGACCAGGACGAGCUCUUCAACAUCAUCCAGCUGGGCCACUUCGAGUUCCUCCCCCCUUACUGGGACAAUAUCUCUGAUGCUGCCAAAGAUCUGGUGAGCCGGCUGCUGGUGGUAGACCCCAAGAAGCGCUACACAGCCCACCAAGUUCUUCAGCAUCCCUGGAUCGAAACGGCUGGCAAGACCAGCAUGGUGAACCUACAAAAGGAUGUGUCCCCCGGCAGCGAGGGCCACUUCCGGAGCCAGCACAAGAGGGUCGCAGAGCAUGCAUCGUAGUUACAGUCGCAGACAUCUUCUCAGCCCCCAGUUCUGCUCAAGGACAGAGAAAAGGAGAGAAGUCAGAGAGAAAAACAAUGAAAGGGCUCUUUGUGUAACAGGAGGAUCAGAGUGAGAGACACUCAAUAGAGUUUAAAGCAUAUUAAAAAUAAAUAAACUUAGUCUUCAUGUUAAAUGUUAUAACAUAUUUUUAGAUUUGUAUAUCUAAAGUCUUUAAAACAUUUUUUUGGGGGGUGUAAGAAUUGUCAUCAGUGAGGAAUCUUGGUAAUAAUGAUGUGUUUUGCUUUCUCUGUAUAACCAAGUUCAUUCUGUACUACAGGAGUGGUGCUUACCAGAGUCUAAACUCCCCCCCACCAUGAAUUUAAUAAGGUGCAUCGUGGUCUUUCUGUGUUAAUAAAACAUGCUUUGAAUAAC